UCCUGUUUUAAUUGUGUGUAGAACCGCCUAUAGAAUUGACCGGCUCUUAGUAUAGCUGGAUACAUUAGAACGCCCCUCCUCCUCCGGCUCCUUCCAGUCCUGUCAAUUAUUGUGAUUCAAGUCAAAGGGGACGUUUCCAGCUACAUCGUGAUCAUUGUGAUUGUUGCCCUUGGUGGUGGGAUGGUGAAAACUGUGAUUUAAACUCUAGGAGUGUAUUUGAGCAGGAGUUUAGAAGGGAGUGAAUGAAAGCAGUUGGAACAUUAUAUUUUUAGUUUCUUUUCCUUUCUGGCUUUCUAGUUCUAAUAAAUGAAUCAUUAUGGUUCUCUUUAAUAGCAGAGGGGCGUGAAGAUGGUCGAGGAAAAGGAGGGGGUGGGUAACGGUGCCCCCAAUGGUGUCCCGGAGGGUGCCCCUGAUGAGGGGAAACCUGAUGCUCCAAAGAAACAAGUCCGUAGGGUCGGAGCCAAACCUCCAGUUGACAGAGAUCCACAUUCGUUAUAUUUCUUCUCAUUAAAAAACCCGAUUAGAAAACGACUCAUCACCUUUGUGGAGUGGAAAAUCUUUGAGGGUUUUGUACUGCUUGCUAUUGUUGGUACGUGUCUCUGCUUGGCUGUAUUCCAGCCUAUGCCCAAUGGAGACAGUACGUCUAGAAAUGAAUUUUUGGAAGAAAUUGAGGUUAUAUUCACGUUAACGUUUACCAGCGAAUGUUUGAUGAAAAUAGUAGCAUACGGUUUUAUAGAACAUCAGAAUGCGUAUCUUCGAAACUCUUGGAAUAUUCUCGACUUUACAAUUGUCAUGAUAGGUUUAUUUUCUGCAGUGUUAGCUACCUUACAGAUAGAAGGGUUUGAUGUAAAGGCUUUAAGAGCGUUUAGAGUUCUCCGACCUCUUAGACUUCUUUCUUCCGUUCCAAGUUUACAAAUUGUUCUGAACGCUAUCUUGAUGGCCCUGAUUCCCCUGUUCAACAUCAUGUUGCUCGUCAUGUUCGUUAUCAUCAUCUACGCGAUUAUUGGUCUCGAGCUCUUCCUUGGGAUAUUCCAUAAAGCAUGCAUGGACGAAAUAACAGGUGAGAUGCCUCACGAACCAACACCAUGUGGGGGAACACUUAUCUGUCCUAAUGGAACCAUUUGUAGGGAAUACUGGGAGGGUCCACAGUAUGGAAUAACCAACUUUGAUAACAUUGGACAAGCCAUGUUAACAGUCUUAGAGUUCUCUAAAGAAAGAGAAAAAGCGCAGAGCCGCGGAGAUUUCCAGAAAUUGCGCGCAAAGCAGCAGAUGGACGAAGAUUUGCAGGGUUAUCUAGACUGGAUAGGAAAGGCUGAGGAUCUAGAAACUGUUGUGGACCCUUCCAUGGCGCUAAAAGUAGAUGUGGGGAAAGCUAAGAAUGACCCUGUUGUGAUGGGUCUUCUAAAAAGUACGAUGUUCCCUCUACAGCAAGUUUUAGAAGCAAAAGUGACCUCUGAUGGGCAAGGUGGUGGAGGUGGCGAGGCCGACCAUUCUGGAGCUCCGGAAUCAUUUUUUCAAAAAAGAUUAAAAAGAUUCGAAAAAUGGAACAGAAAGAACAGAAGAACAGUUCGUUACAUCUGUAAAUCUCAGUUUAUGUUCUGGUUUAUCAUCACCUUAGUAUUUUUGAAUACCUGUGUUCUGGCGACUGAACAUCACAAUCAACCGGAGUGGUUGGAUGAUUUCCAGGAGUACACAAACCUGUUUUUUGUUUGUUUGUUUACGGGCGAGAUGUUUAUGAAGAUGUAUGCUCUGGGGUUCACGGGUUACAUGGUGUCCCUGUUCAACAGAUUCGACUUCUUCGUUGUGAUCUCCAGUAUUCUCGAGUUCUGCCUUGUAUCUCAGGAAAUUAUGCCACCCCUUGGUAUGUCUGUGUUAAGAUGUAUCAGACUUCUAAGAACAUUUAAAGUUACAAAGUAUUGGUCUGCUAUAUUUUUGAAUGAAGAAUCAAGAUCAACCUUUGAUAAUUUCUUUCAAGCCUGCUUUACAGUAUUUCAGAUUUUGACCGGUGAGGAUUGGAAUGUGGUCAUGUACGACGGAAUACAGGCAUUUGGGGGCAUCAAGGGAAUGGGUUCCAUUGCCUCCAUCUACUUCCUAAUCUUGUUUAUCUGCGGUAACUUCAUCUUGUUAAAUGUGUUCUUGGCUAUUGCUGUUGAUAACCUUUCUACUGAUGGGGAUGAGGAGGCAGGGGGGGAGGAGCCCCCUGAGGAGCCCCCUGGAAUAGGGUUAGAAGAAGAGAAGGGGGACGCCAAGAUAAACAUGGAAGAAUAUUUCGGUCAAGAUUAUGAUGAAUAUCAAGCAAGACAUGAUAACAGUUUACGAGUCUUCUGUCACUGGCUCCAGGGGCAUCCUAUAAUGGGAAACUUUAUCCUAGUUUGUAUUAUUAUCUCCUCCGCUCUACUGGCCUGCGAGGAUCCUCUUCUCUCAAAGUCUGAUAUCAAUAUUACACUCGGAUACUUUGACUAUUUCUUCACUACAAUAUUCACCAUCGAGUGUACACUCAAACUGAUCUCCUACGGACUGCUCUUUCAUCCUGGCGCAUUUUGCCGCAGUCCGUUCAAUUGUUUGGAUAUCGUCGUUGUUUCCGUUUCUCUUAUUUCUAUUUUUGGCGGGUCCGGAAUAGGAUUUUUGAAAAUUCUUCGUGUUCUUCGUGUUCUCCGUCCUUUGAGGGCAAUUAAUAGGGCUAAGGGACUAAAGAAGGUGGUGCAGUGUUUAAUUGUCUCAGUGAAGACGAUUGGAAAUAUCGUCGUUGUUACAGUUCUUCUGGAGUUCUUGUUUGCCGUUAUCGGAGUCCAACUAUUCAAGGGAAAGUUCUUUUACUGUACAGAUCUAUCAAAAAUGACAGAAGCUGAAUGUCAAGGACAGUACUUUGAGUACAGAGAUUCAGACAUUAACAAGCCCGUAAUAGAAGAGCGUAUCUGGGAGCGUUCUAGUUUCCAUUAUGAUAACGUAGUCAAGGCUAUGCUUACUCUCUUCGUUGUUUCUACAUUUGAGGGAUGGCCCGGAAUUCUGUACGUGUCUAUUGAUUCUAAUAACGCUGAUAUUGGUCCUAAAGAAGAUUAUCGUCCUAUUGUCUUCAUGUUCUACUUCAUCUACAUCAUCAUCCUUGCCUUCUUCAUGAUCAAUAUCUUCGUCGGUUUCGUUAUUGUCACCUUUCAGUCAGAGGGAGAAGCAGAUUUCAAGAACUGUCCCUUAGAUAAGAACCAAAGGAACUGUAUCGAGUUUGCUCUCAACGCCAAACCAAUUAAACUUUAUAUCCCUAAGAACCCUGUACAGUACAAACUUUGGUCCUUCGCGACCUCACCUUUGUGUGAGAACACUGUAUUCCUGGCGAUCAUUCUCAACACCAUCUCCCUGGCCAUGAAGUUCUACCACCAGCCGGAGUGGUACACAGACUUCCUCGACGUGCUCAAUCUCAUCUUCACCUUCUUCUUCGUCGGGGAGUUCAUUCUCAAGUUCGGGGCUUUCAGAUUUAAGAACUAUUUCUCUGAUCCAUGGAACGGAUUUGACUUCUUCAUUGUGGUUGGGUCCCUGGUCGACCUGGGAGCUGCUCAGUUAGCUCCGGACGCUGAGAUGGUGUCCAUCUCUUUCUUCAGGCUCUUCAGGGUGAUGAGGCUGGUCAAGUUGUUGAACAAGAACGAGAAUAUUAGAACUCUACUCUGGACCUUCAUGAAGUCCUUCAAGGCCCUGCCCUGGGUAAUGCUGCUGAUUGGCCUUAUUUUCUUCAUUUAUGGAACUGUUGGCAUGCAGAUGAUGGGCAGGAUUGCUAUACAAGAGGGAACCAAUAUUCAUCGGAACAAUAACUUCCAGUCCUUUCCCAUGGCCAUGUUGGUACUCUUCAGGUCUGCCACAGGAGAAGCUUGGCAAGAAAUCAUGUUGAGCUGUAUACCAAGUGAGGAGGCAAUCUGUGAUCCGUAUUCUGAUGAUGCUGGAAAGGAGGGUGGAUGCGGAUCCUUUGUAGCGUAUCCUUUCUUCAUUUCCUUCUUCAUCAUGUGCGCCUUUCUGGUCCUCAACCUCUUCGUCGCCGUCAUCAUGGACAACUUCGACUACCUCACCAGAGAUUGGUCUAUUCUGGGUCCACACCAUCUCUCUGAGUUUGUUCAUCUCUGGUCUGAAUAUGAUCCUGAUGCGAAGGGCUUUAUAAAGCAUGUAGAUGUGGUAACCCUACUCAGGAAGAUUUCACCACCUCUUGGAUUUGGAAAGCUUUGCCCCCAUAGAGUAGCCUGCAAGAGACUGGUUGCGAUGAAUAUGCCUCUGAACUCCGACGGCUCUGUAAAUUUCAAUGCUACACUGUUUGCUCUGGUGAGAACUUCCCUGAAUAUUCUAACAGAGGGUAAUAUCGACGAGGCAAAUGAUGAACUCCGGCAUCAGAUUCUAAAAAUAUUCCGUCAAACAGACAUCAACGUUCUUGACCAGUGCUGCCCUGCUCCCAAGAUAAAUGCUUUUGGAGAUGCAUGUGACAUUGAAGAUGACGUAACAGUUGGAAAGUUCUACGCCACAUUCCUUAUCCAGGAUUAUUUCAGAAGGUUUAAGAAAAAGAAGGAAACAAAGGCUGCAACAGAGGCCCCAGCUGAUAAAUCANAAUAA